AGAGAGAGAGAGAGAGAGAAUGGGCUCGGCAAGCCAGCCCCGGCGCUUUGCCCUUUCCCAAUGACGUCGUGUCCUGAGCCAUUCUCCUCCCUCCAGCCCCCGUCCCUUCCCCUUCCAUCCUUGGAAGCCACAAUUAAGGAGCAACCGCUGGGAUAAAACCGCUCCGGCUGCCAGGGGACGGGGGCAUUUGCGGCGAGAGAUGGCCAGGCUGCGGACUUCUGCUUCCCUCCUCCUCCUCCUCCUUCGCGGAGUCGCCUUCCUCCUGCUCGCCAGCCUCCCGGCUUCGUGGCAAGGAGGGGUCCCUGGUGCUGGAGUGGGAAUUCCAGGAAGGGGAUAUUACCCAGGAGCUGGUGUUGGAGGCCUGGGAGUAGGUGGCCUUGGGACUGGCGUUGGAGGAGCAGGCUUUGGCGGAGGAGUGAAACCACCCAAACCAGGUAAAUGGCAGCUGUUCCCACACUGCCCUCCUCCUCCUUGUGACUUGUGGAAACGAUGA